GCGGCAACCAGAUGGUGUAUAAAAAGUCCGAAAAUUUUGUUGCGGUACAUUCGAAUUGAGGACUCCUCAUUGUGAAGUCACAUUCAUCCCCUACAAAAUGGCUUUCAAGCUCGUUGUCUUGGUUUGCGCUUUUGUCGCUGCCCAAGCUGGCGUGAUCCCUGUCACAUACACAGCACAUCCAGCGUCGGUCGCAUAUGCCGCUGCACCCGUCGUGCAUGCUGCUCCGGCCGCGUCCAUUGUGCAUUCCGCUCCCAUCACCUACUCCGCUCCAGUAGCAAAACUCGCUGCUGCCCCUGUUGCUGUUGAAGAAUACGAUUCCCAUCCUCAAUACAGUUUCGCUUAUGACGUACAAGAUGGUCUUACUGGAGACUCCAAAAGUCAGCACGAAAGUCGGGAUGGUGACGUGGUACAGGGCUCGUACUCUGUCGUCGAUCCUGACGGCACAAAACGCACUGUUGACUACACCGCUGACCCACACAAUGGAUUCAACGCGGUCGUACAUAAAGAACCAAUAGCCGUGAAAGCCCCGUAUAUAGCUCCCGUAGCUAAAAUUGCCACUCCUGUUGUCCACACUGCUCCUGUAGUCCAUACUGCGCCUGUCGUCCAUCAUGCUGCUCCUCUUUCCUAUUCCGUUCCUCUUAUUCACCAUUGAAAAAAACAUUUUUACGUCCUAGUCAAAAUAUAAAUUGGCCAAGUAUUAAC